CACGCCGCGGCGCACCCGGCGCGCCAGGCGGCGCACCAGCACCCGCUGAUGCACGCGCCGGUGCUGGGCCAGCCGCAGCAGCUGGGGCAGCCGGCGGAGGGGCUGGUGCUGCCCAUCGUGUCGCAGGCGCACCCGCAGGCGGCGCCCGAGCCGGAGAGCGACCCCGUCGCCGACAUGCUGGCAUAG